AUGGCAACCCAGAGAAACGCGCUGGCGAUAGUAAACAGUAGUGAGUCUGUACGGUGAGCCGGAAGGAGGCGUGGCAUGACGCUAGAGUUCCGUGUUGACAGGAAAACUCCCCAAAUUAGGAGCCGCUUCCUGCUCUCUCUGGGUCACCAUGCUGCGCCUGUUCCGCGUGCUGGGGCGUUUGCGCGCGUGUAGACACUGGACCAAAAUCACCGAGCUGUCAGCGAGACUCUCCAGCACCAAAGCUGCUCCGCGGUUCCGAAGAAUGGACUACCAGGAUGCGGUUUGCACCCUCAACACCCUCCAGACAAACGCCAGCGCUCUGGAGCAGGUGAAGAGAGAGAGAGGUCAUCCUGAGCUCCAGCUGCAGGCCAUGAGAGGCUUCCUCCAGCGGGCAGGACUCAAGCUUGAUUUGUGUAUUGUUUGUUUUCUGCAUUCUCUCUUUAGUUCACCUCAUUUGGUGCAAGUGAGAGAGCGAAUCAGAAUCAACGGGCAGCCAAUAGGAAAAGAGCUUUUCACCAAAUACUUCUGGCAGGUGUAUUGUCGACUGGAGGAGACAAAGGAUGCCCAUGGUGGUAGCAUGCCUGCUUAUUUCCGCUUUCUCACCAUCUUGGCCUUUCACAUCUUUCUGCAGGAGAAGGUUGAUUUGGCUGUCUUUGAGGUUGGGAUCGGUGGAGCGUAUGACUGCACAAAUAUCAUCAGGCGUCCCUGGGUGUGUGGCAUCUCCUCUUUAGGCAUAGAUCACACCAGCAUACUGGGAGACACCAUUGAGAAAAUUGCCUGGCAGAAAGGAGGGAUUUUUAAGCCAGGAGUUCCUGCAUUCACAGUCAAACAGCCUGAUGGGCCGAAGAAGGUGCUUCAAGAGAGAGCAGAAGAAAUUGGGUGUUCGUUAUCAGUGUGUCCUGAUCUGGAGAAGUAUCAGAGCGAGGGUUCGCUCAGGUUGGGUUUAGCUGGUCAUCAUCAGCGCAGUAACGCUUCUCUGGCUCUACAGCUCUCACACACCUGGCUGCAGAGACACUUCCUCACAGAUCCCGCAUCAUCAUCUCCAGUGGAGUUCAGUGGUGUGAGUCCAGCUCCAGCCUUCCAGCCCAGUCCUGCAAUGAUAAAAGGUCUUGCUGAGACUGAGUGGCCUGGGCGCAAUCAAACACUAAAACACGGUCCUGUGACGUAUUUCCUGGACGGAGCUCAUACCACACGCAGCAUGCAGGCCUGUGUCCGCUGGUUCAAUGAGAUCGCACCACAACAUGAGAGAAAUGCAGGGGGUCCGGUGGUGAGGGUCCUCUUAUUCAACGCUACAGGAGAGAGAGACUGUGGUGCUAUGCUCAAACUGCUCGUACCCUGUUUUUUUGAUUUUGCCGUGUUCUGUCCAAACAUCACAGAGGCCAUAGCGACCUGUAAUGCAGACCAACAGAACUUUAAUGUUUCUGUGGAGAACAUGCUCACACGUUGCCUGGACAACCAGCAGAGCUGGCGUGUUCUGAAUGGCCAGGAGGAGAAGCCAGAGGCGGAGCUUCUGAUCGGAGGCGGUUUGCCAUUGGUGGCAGAAAGACACAGGGACACACUGGUGUUUCCCUGCAUCCUCAGCGCUCUGCAGUGGAUCAGUCAGGGAAGAGACUCGGUACUGUCAGACCCAAACAAAUGUGUCAUACCCGUUAAACCUAGCAUAAAUGCGAAAGCCGCUCUGCUACGAGAGGCUGUAAACAUACACGUCCUCAUCACAGGUAGUUUACACCUGGUGGGAGGGGCUUUAAAACACUUGGACCCUGCUUUAAACUCAUAACAGACAUAUGUAUGUGUCUGCAGUGCCAGACAUCCAGCCAAACACAGCAAGUGCGCCACCUAGUGCCUGAACCCUCUGUCCCAGUACUCAAAGGAGUAGUUCACCCAAAAAUAAAAAUUUGCUUAAAGUUUACUCACCCUCAGACCAUCUAAGAUAUAGAUGAAUUUGUUCCUUCAUCAGAAC